CUUCCAUAUUCGCGGUGGGUGCCACCGCCGCCUUCCACAUCGUUCGUGCCUCUGGCUUGCGGGUGCCCGUGGUCGAGGCUUUCCACGUUGAGGCUGGCAUGGAGCACCUGAGCGACAUGCUGGCCGACAUCGGGACCAUCGACGAUUCGAGCGAUGGCGGCGAGGUGGCUCCACGGACACCAGUUCAUGUGGCAGCCCAGCAGGUUCCAUCGCCGCCAGGGCCGAUUGAGCAGCAGGUUCCUUUGUCGCCAGGGUCAGUUGAGCAGCAGGUUCCAUCGUCGCGAGGGCCAGUUGAGCAGCCAGUUCUACCAGGGCCAGUUGAGCAGCAGGUUCCAUUGCGUCCAGGGCCAGUUGAGCAGCAGGUUCCGCCAGGGCCAGUUGAGCUGUGCGACGUGCUAGCGCUCGGGGUCAUCGAGAUCGACGACUCGCCUCCAGAGAAGUCGAAGCACUCGCAGCGGUCUCAUGCUCACGCAGCGCAGGCUCGGGAGGGCAAGGCCAAAAAACACGCGCAGAAGCUGGGGGGCCAGCUGGCGAAGCAGAAAGCGGAACACGAUAUGAAGCUCAAGAGCGUGGCGUUGGUUCCGGGUGUAUCACAGCUCAUUGGGAACAAGUCGUCGACGACGCUCGGGAAGCUCAAGCGACACUUGACCAGCGACGACUUCGUGAUUGCAUCGAGGGCGUGCUUUUUACCUUCCAAGAAGCAGUGCGCCAUUGGAGUGGACCAUCGUCGCUUGAUGAAGGCUGCUUGCGACAUCGCGGUCACCAGACAACUGCAAGGUUUCAGGGACAGUCUCAAGAGAAGCCGUGAUUCUAUUACAGAUGCCGAUACUCGCGAUCACCGUUUCGUACACCUGGGUUUCGGACAUCUAUGGGAUGAAGUUGAAGUGCGACAAGCAUGGAAGCCUGGGAAGCGCUACCGCGUCAUGAGAAAGAACGUGGCGCAGCCAACGCUCAUCCAGAGAUCGACGGCGCAGUUCACGCUCCUCAACAGAAAGUCGGACAUCCAAGGCCACUUCAUCGAGUACAUGAUCGCAAAGCCGUUCGAGCUGCAAGGCCAGAAGGCGAAGCACAUUUACCCUGGGCUGUUGAAGGCCAUUCCAGACGAGCUCAACAUCGUGAAGUGGUCGGAGGGCAGCGCACCAGCUUCGUCUGCUGUAUCUACGUUCACGUUCCAGCCCAUGGCAGACAGAGCCAGCGCCAACCUCAGCAUCCUCAAAAUGUGGGGUCAGUGUGCUGAGGACAUCCUGAAGGAGCGCAAAGAAUCGACUACUUGUUUUUUUUGGCCAGAUACGUGUGGCAUACACGCGCGCCACAGGGGGAAGCUGAAGCUCAAGGCCGUCAAGAUGCAUACGAUGAGACAUUUCUCCAUCGCCAGUGCCAACAGGUACCGCACCCAGCUCGAGCGGAACAUCAUGGGAGUUGAGCUCUUGGUCGAGAGCAACGUCGAUUGCAUCAUGCAGCCGCCCCCUGAGGAUGUCGAGUACACGUUCCAGCUCGUGGUUGAUGUUCUGUUUGACUUGUCGGCUGACUUUCACCUGCGGAAGGGCGGCGCAGAUGACUCCCAGUUCAUCAAGGACCUGAAAGCGUUGAUGCCUUUGCUGAAUGGCGACAUGCGUGGCGAGAGGAUCAAGCACUACUGCCGUCAUCCUCAGACUGGUCGCCCGUGUUGCAACGGCAAGUCCGACACGAUCGACAAACUGUGCACAGGACUGGUUCAUGCUUUAUUCGGGUCGUCGGACCCUCGGCCUUGUGAAAGUCGCUGGACAAAUGUGUUGAUGAAUAUGAAGAGGACUCUCUUGCGGCGUUUGGUCUACAAGAUAGGGAUCGACAGCUUCGUCGGACAUCCAGACGCUCGGGGUGUUGUUGAUGCUGACGAAGAGGAGGUGCCCCUACUCCGAGAAGUUGAUGGCAUGUCAGAUGCGGAUUACUGGAAGCAUGUGUUCAAUGUGAGGGCGAAGAAGAUCAAGGCCUACUACGGUGAUGAGCGAAAUUUCUGGGAACUCAUGGUGUUCGUGGGGAUAUUUGAAGCGUGCGAUUCUACGCUAUUGUACCCCCUGCUCGGCGAUCCGAUUGUCAACAGCAAGAGGGACGACCAGCGGUCGAAGAUGGAUAUUCUACUGGACAAGGGCGACACCGCCAUAGGCAAGUUCAGCCAGAAGAUGCUCGAUUUGGCAGACUCGUGGAUGGGCCUGCCCACGCGGAAGCCCUGGUGCCUUCUCGACAUGCUGGGGGCGCCUUUGACAGAUCAGACUUUCUCGCGGUUUGCACGUUCUCAGCUUCUCAAACUCAACAGCGUGAUGCUCAGGAGGUACGAAUCCAGGUUCUCGGCUUACCCUUAUCGCUUGUACCCGUUGGCCAGCAGCACGGCGUCGCUCGAGGAAGCGCAGAGGAUUGCUCACGAUGCCAUCAACGCGCCGUGGCACAUGAAGGACUCCUACACCAAGGGCAUCACCAGCCAUUUCAACACCGUGGGGAAGAUGCUCUCCAGCGAAUGCAUCGCAGUGCUCUUUGCAGAUUUCCGCCAGCAUGCGUACGGGACCGACUUCAUCGAGCGACUCAACAGCGAGUACACGGCGAAGAUCCCAGAUGAGGCACCUCGCAAGGGGCUCAGCGCGUACAUGCUCGAGAAGAACAAGUACAUGAAGGCGAUCAAAGCCGUGGUAGGGCGCAGGCUCACCAGGGACGAGACCACCAGUCAUGCGGAGACGUUCAAGCAUAUGGUCGCCGACUGCAACCAGGAUGCUCUCAAGGAUGCGUACGACCUUUGGAGACAAAGCCCCAGCGAGAACAAGGCCCUGGAAGUGCCGACCUACAGACCUAUCUGGGGUGGUGGAUGCAACGCGCUGCCCAUCACGGGUGAUGAGUUCUGCAAUUACAUCACCGCUAACGGCUGGCCGUCCUACCAGGAGGUGUUCGACGAUUCGCUUGAGGAAAGGAUGGCCCAGGUCGACGAGUCUAUCGAUUUCGAGCUCUUCAAGAACGUCGACCUGUGGGGAGUCCCAAGGGGGGCCAGGAAUGUCGACCGCGCGGCUUCGAGGGCACCCCACGCGUUCGAGUUCGUGGAGAAGGGGAUCAUGAGCUACAUGACGUACAUCGGCACGCAGAAGGCGGAGGAGGGCGACACCAUGCUCAUGGUCGAAGGCCCUGGCGUUCGUGGUGGUCGUUGGAGGUGUGCCGUCAUUGUGAGCGACAUCACGUGGAACCCAAGAGUUUUCGACAUCACCUGGAACAACUGGGUCAUCGAGAGCAACGAGAGGUCCGAGGACGUGGGCUCGAGCGAACGCACGGCCCCCGUAAAGGACUUGGUGCUGCCUUGCUGGGUGGGGAUCGCCGAUCGCAGCAACAAGGUGUCGGAGCGCUUCAAGGCUAUCGAUUCCAUGACGUCGGACGUGUGGAUCGACAAGCUAGUGACUGAGCUCGAGAGCAUGACGGUCUACGAGGCAGAGUACGAGAUCGACCAUGCGUGGGGCAGUCUGCGCUUAUCCAAGAUUGUUGGCCUCAAGAGGUUGGGCAUUCUCUGGGAGCCAUCGAUGACGAAACCUUUGAGCUUCGCAGCAGCCACGGUCGACGCCGACAAGGUGGUCAAGGACACCAUCAUCGCUUCCGACCCCUUCAGCGAGGGCGCGCUCGUGGCCCGAGAGGUGCGCGCAGACGGCGUGCCUGACGAUGAUGGCCGCGAGCCUGCAGGUGGAGGUCACGAGGUGGAGCGCGAGAUGGAUCUUGCAGAUGACUUGGAGUCCGUGACGUCCGUGGAGGAGAUGGAGGAUGCGUUCUCCGAGAUGCCAGCCCAGUUGGAGGCGCCAGUCAUGCCGCCGCCAGCCGAUGACUAUCGAGAAGUCAAGCAGCCAGAGCCUGACGACGAGGGCGACGCCGACUUCAUCGGGAUGGCUGCUGAGCACGUGAGCGAGGCGGCUGCUGAGCCCGACGCUGCUGCUCCUCCGAAGCUCGACGGCGGCGAAGGCGAGACACCACCUCACGACGACGCGGACGCGUCGGAGUCGAAGCCGCGGCAGGAGUUCUCGCCGAAGACGCCACAGGACUACUACUACCUCGGCGGCCGCCAGGUGUGCCGCAUCCAGCGCGGCAAGCCGAAGAACUCUAUCACGAUCACGUGCUACUUCCACAGUGGUUGCUCGCUGUGCGUGACUGAGCGCCUCGGCCCGAAGACAGACGAGGAGGUGUUCAGGUGGCUGCACAGCGUGCCUGAGACGCCCGCGGGCGCAGACGCGGCCAAGCGCAAGGAGCUGUCUGCUGCGCAUCGGGCCCUGGGCAAGGGCCAGUGGGCGGCGAAGCGCCCCGCCAGGUAGGGCAGCCUCGCCCCACUCUCCAUCACCACUCAGAGGAUCCCGAGGCAUCUUGCAUUCAUCCCCAUCUCACC